AUGGCCGAACAAGAGGAGCACCAUUCAGCUGCGGUGAAGGAUGUUUGCGACACAGUCCUUCAUAACCUAGCAGACCAGCAUGACUGGACUUGCCUGGAGCUCCGCGACGGACCGGAGCUGCCUCGAUCUCUAAUAAGAGGCCUGCCGCCCAAGCGGCUGUAUUUGCACCCUGACGACCAGAUUGCUGCUCUCGCCCACGAAGAAGCCACUGGGGAAAAGCUGUUCCAAAACCCAGAGUACGAAUUAGUUUUGCCAGUGCAUAUUACGGAGACAUGGUCCCUAUCCAGAUUCGCGGCUGUUUUCAAUUCGGUAUCUAAUAACGGCACACGGCCAAAGAGGAUUUUGUUGGCUACUCUUCACAAUGAUUCUACCGUGGUUUACUACCUAAUGCAUGAAGGGAUGGUGAAGCCUCGUCAAAACUAA